CCGGGCUGCUCCGGGGCCGGCGCUCUCCGGGGAGCCCAGCACUUGCCCCGAAGGUGUGCGGAGCGCGCGCCAUGAGGACCCUGUGGAUGGCGCUGUGCGCGCUGGCGCGCCUGUGGCCCGGGGCCCUGGCCCGCUGCGCCGACGAGGGGCGCUGCUGCCCGGGUCGGGACCCCGCCUGCUUCGUCCGCGGCUGGAGGCAGGACAGGGUCUACGGGACGUGCUUCUGCGACCAAGCCUGCCGCCUCACCGGGGAUUGCUGUUUCGACUACGACAGGGCGUGCCCAGCUCUCCCGUGCAUCGUGGGGGAGUGGAGCCCCUGGAGCGGUUGUGCGGACCAGUGCAAGCCCACGGCGCGCCUGCGGAGGCGCGCGGUGCAGCAAGAGCCCCGCAACGGCGGCGAGCCCUGCCCAGCCCUGGAGGAGAGAGCCGGCUGCCUGGAGUACGCAACGCCCCAGGGCCAGGACUGCGGGCACGCCUUCGUCCCUGCCUUUAUAACUACUUCUGCUUUCAACAAGGAGCGAACAAGACAAGCGGCCUCCCCACAAUGGUCCACAGACACAGAGGAUGCCGGAUACUGUAUGGAGUUCAAGACAGAGUCAUUGACCCACCACUGCGCCAUGGAAAACCGCCCCCUGACCCGAUGGAUGCAGUAUCUCCGAGAGGGCUACACGGUGUGUGUGAAUUGUCAGCCUCCAGCUAUGAACUCUGUGAGCCUUCGUUGUUCUGGAGAUGGCCUGGACUCUGAUGGAAACCAGACCCUCCGUUGGCAAGCAAUUGGCAAUCCUCGGUGUCAAGGAACAUGGAAAAAAGUUCGGCGAGUAGAGGAGUGUUCUUGUCCAGCUGUUCACAGUUUUAUUUUUAUAUAGAUCGUGAUAUAAGUAUUUCAAAAUGUGUUUGUAAACAUGCUAAAUACUAGCAAGUUUUGUCCAACGCUUCGUAAUUCUUUAAAAACUCUUUGGUCAAAGUUGCUGAAUAUAUGUCAUUGCCACACUCUGAAGUAGAGAAAGGAAAUUUGGGGGCCAGUUCUCAAGAAACUGAGUGCCUUUAUUUUCAUUUUUACUAAGUUGAGGACCCACCUGAAAGUCUCCUGUGGUUUUCUGUCCUCGACCUGUCACCUGGAGUCACCUCAUGAGUAGCCAGAGUACGUCUGUUUGUGCUAAACUUACUCCAUUUUAGUGGUUCAUUGAUGGGUAAGUUGCCAUGGAAGGGUAUCCACGCUUUGAAUCUUGUGUUCUUUCUUUCUAUUCUGUAAUUUCUUAAAAGUUUCGUGCUUUAAAGAAUGUCUACAGAUAUAGGUACACUCACAUACACUUCCCAUAUAUUAUUCCAUAAAUUCUGAAAUAAUUUCAAGCAAAUUGUCACAAAUAAUUUUCCACAGGAUAAGUUUUUUGAGAUUUAGUAAGCAUUUUGUUAUGCAAAACCAACAGUUCUGCUAAAAAUACUUUUUUUUUUUUUGGCCACACCACUCGGCACGUGGGAUCUUAGUUCCCCAGCCAGGGAUCGAACCUGUGCUGCCUGCAGUGAAAGCAGGGAGUCCUAACCACUGGACUGCCAGGGAAUUCCCUAAAAAUACUUUUUUUGAAACAGAAGAAAUUUUCUUAGGUUAAUUGAAAAGCAUCCAUCAAUGUUCAUUCUAGGUCAGGACAAUUUCCUGUAAGUGUCAAUUUCCAUGAAGUGAAAUUUUGGCACCAACGAAUGAAACAACUGCUUCAACAAUGAACAUUCUACCAUCAUUAGUAUCCGAAAUGAUUUCCAAGGCUUAAAACCUGAAGUUGACUAAAAUAAUUUUGGAGUCCAGUUAAUUGACAUAAACUUACUACUUUUUUCCCCUACAGCACACAUUUUGUUUUGUUUGGAGUAGAAGGCAGAGGUAUAGAUUAUGAAAGGCAUAGAUUUAUUACAAAUGCUAUGAUCCCUCCCCACUAUGUCCCCACCCCCUCUCCGCACACAGAGAAGUACUUAGUCUCCUUAUUUUAUAAUUGGAAAAUCAAUGAACCAAAGUGCCUUGUUGCAGAAUCUGGGCUGCAGCCAGAGCCAAAUCUCAGCUUCUCAUCCAGAACUCAGCUUUAAUGGAGAGACUGACGAUGCCAAAGACUGUGCUAUAGAAGCAAAGCCCUUUUCAUUUCUGAAACAAAUUUUAAAUUCAAAAUAUUUUCUUCAGAGAAUUGCAUCGCCAGAUUUAAACUGCAGGCAAACCUCGGAGAUAUUUGGGUUCAGCUUCAGACCACCAAAAUAAAGUGAGUCACAAGAAAAUUUUGGUUUCCCAGUGCAUAUAAAAGUUAUGCUUAUGCUAUACUGAAGUCUAUUAAGUGUGCAGUAGCAUUAUGUCUAAAAAAAACAGUGAACAUACCUUAAUUAAAAAAUAUCUUAUUGCCAAAAAAAGGCUCACCAUCAUCUGAGCCGUUAGCAAGUAGUAACAUCAAAGCUCACUGAUCACAGAUCACCUUAACAAAUAUAAUAAUGAAAAAGUUUGAAAUAUUGUGAGAGUUACCAAAAUGUGACGCAGACACACUGAGCACGUGAUGUUGGAAAAAUGGCACUGAUAGACUUAAUGCAGUGUUGCCACAAACCUUCAAUUUGUAAAAACAGUGCAAUAUCUGAGAAGCACAAUGAAACAAGGUAUGCCUAUAUAUGAAAUUCCUUUGGUUUCAGUUUGUAUAAAAUAUUAUUUACUAACAAGUGAUUUACUAAAAUACAUAUUUCUUGGUACUUAUCAUAUAAUGACAUAAUAAGAGCAAGUUUAAUAGGGAUGGGAAAGUCCCCAAUAUUUAAUGCUGAGAGUAGCAAUAUUUCUGAUUAUAUGUUCAUUUAACUGUCAGAAUUGUUUUUGUGGUAAAUUAAAUUCUCCAGAAGUUAAUAGUAAAAAGUGUGAGUCUCAUCAGGGUUAGGAACUUCAACUAUAAGUUCAGUAUUAACAUUUUAAGACCAUUUCUAAGAUUUGUAUAGUAAAACUUUUGAAGGCAUACUUGGGUAAUUUUCUGUGUUACUUAAAAUUUUAUACCAGUAAAUAAACUUUCUUUCUGUUCACAUUUA